ACCCUGGGCCCUCAAAUGGGUGCAAAACCACUUGCCCAAGCCUGCUGCAGGGGCAGUGGCAUUGCCUCUCCCUCCGGCUCGCCCCAGAACGGUCCUGCUGAGCCUUGGGUGCUCCCUAAAUGCGUGUUAUUCCUUCCCACAGAGGAUGGACACCUCAUCACUCCCAAAUCUGUGAGCCAAGCCUUGUGCUCCCCACACCCUGCCCCACCCCUGGAGCCCCUCGCCAGCACCACCAGACCCUUCCCACCCAGGCAAAGGGCUGGUGCAGCCCUUACCUCCCAGGCUGAGCCAGAGGCUCUGUGAGCUCUCCCCAGCUCCUGCACUGCAGGAAAAUGAUCUGGGACAGCAGUGGCUGGGAACACCAGAGAAAGCCCCCCUUCCCUGUGGACCCUGGCGGUGGGAUCAGGCUCCCCAGGGAUGCAGCCGGUGGCCACGUCAAGCCUUGCCGGGCGGGUGGGUGACAAUGGGUGACGUCAGGGAGCGGCCCGGAGGGUGCCCGUGGCUUAUCAGCCCCCACCCGCGUGUUUGCCCAGCGGUGCCCGGGCGGGAUGGCUGAUGGCUGAUGCCUGAUGGCUGAUGCCUGAUGGCUGCUCCCGCCGGGCUCUGCCAGUGGGAGUGUUCGGAGAGAGGAGAGGGAGUUCUAGGGAGCCGGUGCUCCCACAUCUACUCCCGCAGGGUGUCCCGAGGCUGCCGGCCCGGGGAGGGGGUGGGUACAGCCACGGCACUCCCCUCACCAGUGCUGCACCGUGCCAGGGGCUGGGGACCCCACCUCGGCACCGGGGGACAGCUCAUCACGGGGUGCUCGGGGCAGGGGGCAGGAAGAGCUCCGAGGGAGCUGUGGUCACCCCAAGAACAGGAGAGCAGGGCAGCUCUGUAGCAGGGCUGUGCCUGUCCCCAACCCCCAUUGCCUUUGUCCCCACUCCCUGUGCGUCCCCAGCACUGGUGGCAGAGUCCAGGCACUGUGUCAGGCCCAUCCUGCUGUCAUGGGCAGGCUGCCCUGUGUCCUCUGGCCAUCUCGUGUCCCCGGGCAUCCUGCAUCCCCCAGCUAUCCAUGUCCCCUGGCCGUGUUCUGUGCUGCCCCAGACAGCCCUGCUGGCACAUCCCACUGCCAAAGCAAAACGGGGACCUCUGGCACAGCCUCCUUGUGAUCUGAGCUGAUUCCCAUUGUCACCAUCCUCAGCCCCUCAGGUGCUGUGUGGGCCAGCAGGGCCACAGGCCAUGAGCAGAGACACGGGGCACCCUAGUGCCCCAUUCACAGUGACAGUGCUGCCAUCCAAGUGCUGUGGGGCUGGCCCAGCCAUUCUCCGCACAGCAUGUCCACCUUUGCAUGCACAGGUUCCAAAACCCCUCCCGAGGCUGGUCAGGGAGCCCGACAUCCGCCUCGGGGGGGCAUAAGGAUUGAGAUGGGGGGUCUGAACCUGCAGCACCUGGGUAGACCCCACAGAGAGGCUUUGCCCACUGCAGUGGCAGCCCCUGUUUGCAGAGGCAUCGCUCCAUACGCAGUAUGUUCUUCAGAAGAUCCCUACUCCAGGAGUCAAAAUAGCAUGAAAUUUAAUUUUACGCCUAUUUGACAAAGCUUGAUUUCGCCUCCAAUCAGCGGGGAGAUAAGAGCCCUCGGCACAAGUGUGCGGGCAGUUUGGCAGCUGGGGCUGCCGAUUUAAUAGGUGAAUUUACAGGGACAACACUUGAAAAUCCCCUGGCUAGUGAACCAUUAAGGUGAGCCCUGCCUUCCGUCCCCGCGUCCCUCCCCGCGCCGCUCUCCCGUUGCUGGGUGCUAAAGCAAACCCCGGCUCUGUUUACCGAGUCUACUAUUACAAUACGGCUACCAAAUAUUUGCCAGCCGCCAGCUCCCGCUCCGCUAUAAAUACUUCAGGCCCAGGUGGAGGGACGGGCAGGGGGAGCGGCGCGGGAGCCUUUGCAUGGCCGGGCGGCAGCGCCAAGAGUGAGCCCAGGGGUGGCCCUGAGCACUGACAUGGCUGCAGGUGUCAUCCAGCCCCUGGCCGAGCUGCGCCUGCCCUCGCCCUUCCCACACAGCCUCCUGCUGCCCACACACCCUGAGCCCGACUUCCACAACCUCUCUGAGGAGGAGGAGGAAGAAGAGGAGGAAGAGGAAGAGGAGGAGGAAGUGGAGGCAGCAGAGGAGAACAUGAGGCCAGAGCCGGCCAUCUCCAGCACUGCCGAGACCACCCUCCGGCUCCUCAAGUUCUCGGAGCUCAUCAGCUGUGACAUCCAGCGGUACUUUGGGCGGCGGGGCCGGGAGGAGGCCGCCGGCACCCAGCCCGUGCCCAAGGACUGCGAGUCACCCCGGAGCGCUGGGGCCCAGCCCGAGGCCCCGCGGGGCAGCCCGGGGGCCGUGCACAGGCUGGGGCCGCUGGCCGAGCUCUUCGAGUACGGCGUGCACCGCUGCCUGUCCCCGCGGGCGGCCGGUGGCCGGACACAGCGGCUGGAGAGGAAGUACGGCCACAUCACCCCCAUGCACCGCAGGAAGCUGCCGCCCUCCUUCUGGAAGGAGCCAGGCCCCACCAGCCUUCUCCACACCGGCACCCCCGACUUCAGCGACCUCCUGGCCAACUGGACCGUGGAGCCAGGGCCGGAGCUGCCGUGUGCCGGGCGGGAGCUGCCGCUGGAGCCGGGUCGCCCGGGGCUGGAGGCCGAGCCCUUCCCCGGGCUGUGACCCCAUGGCCUCGGGGGCCCCUGGUCCCGCCACGUGCCACUCAGUUAAUGAUAAAUCUUGUUGCCCCAGUGCCAGCGCUGGGGCACCUGGAGCUGCCGGGUCGGAGCCGGUGGUGGGACGAGUGAAUAAAUGACUCCCACCAGG